UCUUCUCUACAGCAAUCAACUCUAUAAAGGCUGCUUAGUCUGAGCAAAGGCCCCGACGCAUAUAAAAAAGGAAAUCAACCACCAUUCAACAAAUUACUUGUAGUAAUAGUAGAUCCCAAUCUGAAGGCCCAUGGAACUCUGGAUAUGUUGACCUUAAUUUGCCCACUGUAUACAUCAUCGUGUAUGUAGUGUGCAGAAUAUAUUUAUCAGCGUCUCCCGAGUGCUUUUUAAAAAACACAUCUUUUUCCUUCCCAAAACAUCAUAGCAACGUGGCAUCAUAGCAACAUACGGGUUGCACUGGAACGGUCUGGUAACAGCAUACUGAAAAACCAACCUUAAAAUGGUAAAGCUUUCGACGUGUCGAUCCCCCAUUAUUUAAUUCGAUCGCCGCAAAAAAAAAAAAAAAACCAAGGCUAGUCGAGAAUCCCCCCGUUUCUUUCUUCUUCUUCUUUCUCCCAAUAUAUAUACCAUGUCUGGCGAAAGCGUUAUCCUUGUUACUGGUGGCUCCGGUCUUGUUGGCAAAGCCAUUGAAUGGGUUAUUGAGAACGACAAGACCGAGCAAUUCGGCAAACUUUCGGGUGAAAAGUGGAUCUUUUUGACUUCCAAAGAUGGUGAUCUCAGAAAAUUCGAAGACACCAAAGCUAUUUUCGAAAAGUACAAGCCCACGCAUGUCAUUCAUCUUGCUGCCAUGGUGGGUGGUUUGUUCAAGAACAUGAAGUACAAGCUCGACUUUUUGCGUGAAAACAUGCUCAUGAACGACAAUGUACUCGAGCUCUCGAAGCAGUAUGGCGUCAAGAAGCUCGUGUCGUGCUUGUCGACCUGCAUUUUCCCUGAUAAGACCACGUAUCCCAUUGAUGAAACCAUGGUCCACGACGGUCCUCCCCACGAGUCUAACUUUGGUUACGCUUAUGCCAAGCGUAUGAUCGACGUCCAGAACCGUGCCUACAACGAACAGUACGGCUGUCACUUCACCUCUGUCAUUCCUACCAACGUGUACGGUCCUCAUGACAACUACUCGCUUGAGGAUUCGCACGUGCUUCCUGGUUUGACCCACAAGUGCUACUUGGCCCAGAAGAACGGCACUCCCUUCGUUGUGGGUGGUACUGGCAAGCCCCUCCGCCAAUUCAUCUACUCCCGCGAUUUGGCCAAGCUCUUCAUCUGGACCUUGAGAGAAUACCAGGAAAUCGACCCUAUCAUCUUGUCUGUCGGUGAGAAGGAUGAGGUUUCCAUCAAGGAUGUCGCUGAUGCUAUCGUCAAGGCCAUGGACUUCCAGGGUGACUACUCGUUUGACACCGCGCGUGCUGAUGGUCAGUACAAAAAGACCGCCAGCAACGAUAAGUUGAUGAAGUACUUGCCCGACUUUGAGUUCACUCCCUUUGACCAAGCCGUCAAGGAAUCUGUGGAAUGGUUCGUUGCUAACUACGAAACCUGCCGCAAGUAAUCAUUAAUGCAAGAAGCCAUAAAAUCUGUACACACGCACACUCACUCACUCACUCACUCACAACACACACACACACACACACACACACACACAC